AUGGAGUUCGCCCCUGCUCGUGGAUUGGCUACUUCUACUACAGCUGCUGCUGCUGCUACUUCAGCAACUUUGGACGGAGCGGAUGCGCUCUCGUACACGGACGAGACAGACGAGACAGACGAGCAGGGCACUCAAGACGGGGGACCGCUGCCAGCGCGUCGCUUGCGGUCGAAAUCGUCUGCGCCCCACUCCGGUCUCAGCUUUGAGUCGUCGAAUCUCUUUCGCUUUGACAGCGCCAGCGACUUUUUCGCCCCUGUGAAGUACAGCGAAGGCGAGUUGACGGCUGCAUCGUCUCCAACGGAAAGUGGCGACGAGAGCUUUAGCAAAGACGCGGGUCUGCUGCUCAGUUCGAAUAGCGCGUCGGGCGUUGCGACUCCUUCAGCUGACGUUACUUCAGCUCCUACUCGUGCGACUUCAGAUGCUCAAGACCCUGGACUGUCGGUGUCAUUAGUGGACCAGAAAAGUAGCACGAAGGACGACAACGACGCGGACGUGGGUAUUCAAGAUACAGACCAGUCGAGAAACGGGACACGGACAAUGGACGGCCGAGUGCGCAAAGUGCGCUCGGAAAUGGACAUGCUGCCGCUCCCGGCUCUCGGUCGUCGGAAAAACAGCAUUGAGAUGUUCCUCUCGCAGUCGCCCAGUCAAGCGCUGGGUGGCGACUUUUUGAAGUUGAGUCUGAGUGACCGGCAGAGAAGUGAAGAAGCCAAUGAACGAGCAGCUAACGGGGAAAGUGGCGACGCGCACAGUCGACCAGAUGCGGCGUCGGGGGUCAAUCCUUAUGCAUCGGGUCAAUUUCAGCUCAAUCCGGUGCAAAAGAUGCCAAAUGGGUACACUACAACGGGUGGUCGGUAUCGCCACGGCCAGUUGCUGCCACCUGCGGCGUCGCAGCCACAGGAGCGCUAUCGAUCCAGUAGUCGCAGUGCGCCACCGACUUCGCUUUCGCUUUCGCGAUCGAAUACGGUGCCGGGGACCACGAGUAGCACUGCUGGUGUGGCCUACAGCUCGGCGUACGCGUUGAGUUCGCAAUUACCGUCGGAAGACUCCUGGUCAGGCAGCCAACAAGAGGACAGCAAUGCCCCGUACCAAGAACAGAUGCCAGAAUAUUACGACAAUGACCAAAUGGCGGCUUCGUAUGAGCAGCAGCAAUUUUGUCAGCAGCAGCAGCAACAGCAGCAACAACAACAGUACCGAUCACUACAGGCAGUCAACGUUGCGUACAACUAUGGUGGUACUCCGUCUCGGGCACAAAUGAAUCCAGCUCAAUGGAACCCGAUGGUUGUGGGACCGCAUCCUCCGCCUUCCGGUAUGUAUGACACCAGUGGGAACAUGUACGUGAUCCCGCGCUCGAGUUCUACGAGACACCCUUACGCUCAGAUGGGAUAUGGCUCUCAAAAGCAGAGUCCAAUGGGGAUGCGCGGCGGAACCAGCCGUGCACAAGGACGUAGCAUGUAUGGACGUAUAACGCCACCGCUUCCUGAUUCUUCCCCUCCCCAUUCACCUCGCAAGGGUAUGGUCAUGGGAGGAGGCAUGCAGUUGGGAAUGAAGCAGUGCAAGUUUUUUAUGCAAGGAUAUUGUCGGAUGGGCAGUAAGUGUAAGUUUGUGCAUCAAAGUGGUGCUUCGACUCCGGAGCACAUGGGUGGUGUUCACAACUUGAAUCGUCAAAAUGGGCCGAUGAUGUAUCAACAAAGCCGAAUGAUGAUGAUGUCACCUCCUCCGUCUCACAUGAUGCAGCAGCAGCAGCGCCAUCCAAUAAACGGUGACGAUUUUGGUAAUCAAGUGAAUGUUCCGUUUGGAGCGCGCCAGCAGUCUCGUUUGAGUUACCGUUCGGAAAAUGCCGCGGCUAGUAGUAUGAGUUUAGGACUGAUGGACGACAUUGUGAUGAGUGCGCCGAUAAUGAGCGGAUCGGCUACCGACUUGUCGAGCUUAAGUGCUGCUUUGAGUGUAGAAGACAUUCAAAACCGCGUGUUUGCUAUGUCAAAGGAUCAAAACGGCUGUCGGCUACUACAGGAGCAACUUGACUAUGAAGACCGUUCCGACUUGUGCGAGGUGAUUUACCAGGAGUCGCUUGAGCACCUCGCUGAGAUGAUGGUCGACCCUUUUGGCAAUUACCUUUUUCAGAAGCUGCUGGAGCGUGUGAACGAGAAGCAACGGCUUGUGAUUAUUCGCCGCGUCGGCUCAAAUCUUGUGGCUGCUGCUCUUAACCUGCACGGCACGAGAUCUGUGCAGAAGGUCGUGGAAGUGUGUGCGAUUUCGUCGGACGUGAUUGAAGAAAAGUGUGAUGAUGGAGAUGAUGAUGUUGACUUGAACGAUGGUGAGGGCCGUCGAGAGGUUAGUGAGCACCGUCGAGCGACAAGUCUAUCGGAUGUUAUUGUUGAGGCGCUGAAGGACGAUGCUGUACGUCUAUGCAUUGAUUCAAAUGGCAACCAUGUGAUCCAGCGUGCUUUGCAGUAUUUGAAGCCGGAGUACAAUCAGUUUGUGUUCGAUGCUGUAUGUAAGGAAUGCACGACGGUUGGAACACACCGUCAUGGAUGCUGCGUCCUGCAACGUUGUUUGGAUGCAGCCAACAAAGCGCAAAAGGCGGAAGUGAUUGAGCAGGUGGAACGACAGGCGAUGAAGUUGAUGCAGGAUCCGUAUGGCAACUACGUAGUACAGUACGUGCUUGACUCCUGUACGGCUGAAGAGGCUUUUGGGGUCAUAACGAAGCCAUUGGGUCACAUCUACGAGCUUUCGGUGCAGAAGUUUAGUUCGAAUGUGAUUGAGAAGUGUCUUGAAAAGGCUCCUGAGCGCGUGCGGCAAAAGUAUAUCGCCGAGAUCACAAGUUGUCCCAAGAUGAACAAGAUGUUGCAGGACCAGUUUGCCAACUACGUGGUUCAGCGUGCCCUGUGUGUGUGCGCCGAGGAGCAGUGUCUGCUACUGGUCAAGGCAAUUCGUCCGCAUUUGGCAGCCAUGAGGAACACGUCAGGUGGUCGUCGUAUCACGGCCCGUAUCCUCAAGCGAUUUCCGAACAUGGACAUCAGUAUGGAAAUGGGCAUGUCACCUACUGCCGAUGGUCUGUUUACUAAUGGCGUCAAUGGGAUGACGAUAGGUCAUUUGCCAUCUUCGUCGAUGGGGAACUACAUGCCGCAGCAACACUUGCAGUCUAGUCCGAUGUACAGCAUGCAAGGCGGUCAUAUGAGUGCUUUUCAUUACUAUCAGGGAGGCAGCCGUGGUAACCGCAUGCCUCCUCUGCACGGUAGUGACGGUAGCAUGCUGACGUUGACGGAUGUGGGUGGAAUGAGUGUGAACGGUACGAGUCGUGCGUAA